ACAUUAUGGAGGAUUCUCAAGUUGUGGACUUAAACGUUGGUGGUCGACAUCUGACAACCUCCCUGUCUACCCUCACCAAGUACCCGGACUCCAUGUUGGCCACCAUGUUUAGUGGAAGGCAUCCGGUAGCCAAGGACAAAGAUGGCCGCUACUUCAUAGAUGUAGAUGGGGAUGUGUUUGUUCAUAUCCUCAACUUUCUGAGAUUCGGGAAAAUGCCUCCACCCGAAAGAGCAUCAGAGGUUAAUGAAUAUGCGGAGUACUUUGGAUUAGAGGAACUGAGGGCACCUGUCCUCGAAGACUUUGAACAAGUGUUAUACGGAAUAUGGAAAAAGAAGCUACCUGACUACCAAAGUCUUUGGGAUUGUGUGAAAAGUAAAUUGAACGAUAUCAACACAAGGUACUUUUACAUUCGCACAAGAAGUUUUGAUUGUUGA